GGUAGAGAAAGCGUAGAAGUAAUAACGGGGAAGGGGUGAGCUCUUUGGGCAUUUAAGAGCUCUUCGCUGUUUUUCAAGCUCACUCAAAGCCCUAAUCUUUAGUCUUCGAGAUAUGCCGGGACCGACGAUGGAGAUGGAGCCGGUGGAGCCACAGUCACUGAAGAAGCUGAGUCUCAAAUCCCUCAAACGCUCUCUAGAUCUCUUCAGCCCAAUCCAUGGUCAAUUCCCCCCUUCCGAUCCUGAAAGCAAAAGGAUUCGCAUGAACCACAAGAUACAUGUUGAGUAUGGAGGAAUUAAAGGUGCAGGAGGUCAACCUACACGACAAGCUAAUUCAGGUGCAACAGACGGUGGUAACCAGGCUUCGGCGCCGUCUAAUGCCCUUGCUCUUCCAGGUCCAGAAGGUUCUAGGGAUCCUCAAAAGGAACGAGAUCAAAAUGCAUUGGUUCUUGGUCCAUCUUUGCAACCAAAGGGAUCAACUGAAGUUGGUAACACAGGCAAAAGCACUUCAAUUGUUUCUGCACCUGGGUUUUCUGAAAGGCUAACAACUUCUGCAAUAAUUGAAAGAAUUCCAAGUAAAUGGCCACGUCCUGUAUGGCAUCCUCCAUGGAAGAACUACAGGGUCAUCAGUGGACACUUGGGAUGGGUGAGAUCUAUUGCUUUUGACCCAAGUAAUUCAUGGUUUUGUACGGGCUCUGCAGAUCGUACUAUUAAGAUAUGGGAUGUGGCAAGUGGAAGGCUUAAGCUCACACUAACUGGACACAUUGAACAAAUUCGAGGCCUUGCUGUCAGUAGCAAACACACAUAUAUGUUCUCUGCUGGUGAUGACAAGCAAGUUAAAUGCUGGGACCUUGAACAGAACAAAGUUAUCAGGUCUUAUCAUGGUCAUCUAAGUGGUGUUUAUUGCUUGGCUCUGCAUCCCACUAUUGACAUUUUGCUCACUGGGGGACGUGAUUCUGUCUGCCGAGUGUGGGAUGUUCGUACCAAGAUGCAAAUCUUUGCAUUAACUGGGCAUGAUAAUACUGUCUGUUCAGUUUUUACAAGACCAACGGAUCCACAAGUUGUUACUGGCUCCCAUGAUUCAACCAUUAAAUUUUGGGACCUUAGAUAUGGGAAAACAAUGGUAACUUUAACCCACCAUAAGAAGUCUGUACGAGCUAUGGCACAGCAUCCUAAAGAGCACUGUUUUGCAUCUGCUUCAGCUGACAACGUAAAAAAAUUCAGCCUCCCAAAGGGUGAAUUUUUACACAACAUGCUCUCACAGCAGAAAACUAUAAUAAAUUCAAUGGCUAUCAAUGAGGAUGGUGUAAUGGCAACUGGAGGCGACAAUGGAAGUUUGUGGUUUUGGGAUUGGAAGAGUGGCCACAAUUUCCAGCAAUCUCAAACAAUUGUACAGCCUGGCUCAUUGGAUAGUGAAGCUGGUAUCUAUGCACUCUCUUACGACAUGACUGGCACGAGAUUGAUCACCUGUGAGGCAGACAAGACAAUUAAAAUGUGGAGGGAAGACGAAACUGCAACUCCAGAAACCUAUCCUCUUAACUUCAAACCACCCAAGGAUAUCCGGAGGUUCUAGUUUGUUAUGCUCUCCAAUUUUGUUGCUGUGCUUACUGAUGGAUCAUUAUGUUGUAUAAUCUAUGUGUUUACCAAACUUGGAUUAGACAAAUUUUUUAGCCAUGGUCCACACUUCUUGUUUAGACCCUGAUUCUUGCUUUCUUUUAAUUGAUGCCUGUAACUUUUUAUGGGUUUAAGCUAAAACUUAAAAGAAAGAGAAGUGAGGAAUGCCAUGCUCGUCUGCAUUUGGGCAAUAGGUUCUUGUUUGAAAAUUUCCAUGAAAUUUUCUUUUUCCUUGACUAAUGGUGAUUUGUCUAAUUUGUGUUUUAAAGACGUAUUAAAGUUGUAUUAAAUAA